GGGUAUGUUGGUGAGUCUAGCUAGGCCAUGGUUCACAUGAACGUAAGAGGAGUAUCUUUUACUAUAAUGAAAGUGCAGGUGGUAAGGAGUUCUGCAUAAGGUCCUUUCCAGCAAGUUAUAGAUUAUACAACUUGUCACAAAACAUUCCUGAAAUAUGAAGUAAGAAGAAGAAUAGUUCAAUGUAAAGCAGUCAUCAAACUUUCAUCUUUCACAGUGAUCUCAUAUCAGUAUCUUUCUCACCUUUUGCACCAAAUAUUUGAGAGACCAAAGUGCAUAAGAAGAAAUAAGUACUUGGAUACUAAUUAAUUCUCUGCAAUGCGAGUGUUGCAUUUUAAACACUCCUUUUUUGGGAGCCUUCUUGAGUCUAAUGGACUAACCCAGACACUAGUAGUCUUCCUUCUGAUUCCAUGUUGCUUGACGGUAGAUUUUAGGGCGCCCCCACUUAUCCCUAAUGUGCCUUUCCUCUGGGCCUGGAAUGCCCCAACUGAGUCUUGUCUCACAAGGUUUAAUCAGCCACUAGAUCUUAGUCUGUUCUCUUUAGUGGGAAGCCCCAGAAAAACUGCCACGGGUCAACCUGUCACAAUAUUUUAUAGUGAUCGCCUGGGUCUCUAUCCUCACAUAGAUGAAACAUUAUUAAUUUUUCAUGGAGGGCUACCCCAGUUGGGGUCUCUAAAAAAGCAUUUGGAAGUAGCUAAGAAUGACAUCCAGCAUUACAUGCCAAUAGACAAUGUGGGCUUGGCUAUCAUUGAUUGGGAAGACUGGCGGCCUACCUGGUCAAGAAACUGGAAACCCAAGGAUAUUUACAGGAAUAAGUCUAUUGAGUUAGUCCAGCAACAAAAUACACAACUUAAUUUCACAGAAGCCAUCAAGAGGGCCAAAAAAGAAUUUGAAGAGGCAGCAAGACAUUUUAUGGAAGAGACUUUAAUAUUGGGGAAGUCACUUCGGCCAAAUCAUUUAUGGGGUUUUUAUCUUUUUCCUGAUUGUUAUAACAAUAAAUUUCAAGACCCUGAUUACAAAGGAUAUUGCCCUGAUAUAGAGAAGAAAAGAAACGAUGCUCUUUUCUGGAUAUGGAUGGAAAGCACAGCCCUGUACCCAUCCAUCUAUUUGAAGAGUAGCUUGAAGUCAUCUCCACGUGCAGCGCUCUACGUCAGAAACCGGGUACAAGAAGCCAUUCGAGUGUCUAAAGUAAAAGACCCUCACAAUCCACUUCCUAUGUUUGUAUAUUUUCGCGUUGUCUUUACUGACCUAACUUUCCAAUAUCUGAAUCAGGAUGAUCUUGUAAAUACAAUUGGUGAAACAGUUGCUCUGGGUGCUUCUGGCAUGGUAAUGUGGGGAACUCUUGGUUUAGCACAAACUAUGAAAUCUUGUCUGAACUUACAUGAUUACCUGAAGACCACUCUGAAUCCUUAUAUAAUCAACGUCACCCUUGCAGCCAAAAUGUGUAGCCAAACACUCUGCCAGAAUCAAGGCAUAUGUUCGAGGAAAGAUUGGAAUUCAAAUGACUAUCUACACUUGAGCCCUCAGAAUUUUCAGAUUCGUUUUGUAAAACGUGGAAAGUAUGAAAUCAUUGGCAAUCCCACCCUUGAUGAUCUGCGGUACUUUUCCAAAAACUUCCGUUGCAGCUGUUUCGCCAACUUGAACUGUAAGGAGAGAGUUGACAUAGAAAGUGUGAACACUGUCAGUGUGUGUACUCUUGAAGACAUUUGCAUUAAUUCCCUUGUAAUUUCAGAUCGUAGUGAUCUACCUGAAAACUGGAAUUACCCUUACAUGGCUAACGGGAAUCAGUCAGACAUUACAUCAUCUGCCACAGUGAGCCCUUGUGUGCCAAGGAAAGAUGUCAGUGGCUAUCUCUUUGUUCUCUCCAUCUAUUCACAGCAUUUGAAAUAUUCGCUAUAGUGUUUUGACUACUCAAAAACUGGGCAUCGUCUUUCAAAAAUAAUUCCAUCCAAAUAAUCAGGAUUAUGCUUUGAAAUUCAGAGGCAAAAUGUAUAUUUUUGUCUAUCAAGACCUGAUAGCAAGGCUGUCAUACUUUCAGGGUUAAUGGUCUUCUGAGAGGAGUGAAGAUUAAAUAAAAUCAAGUUGCUAUAA